AUGUCGCGCACAGGUGGCGCCUCGUCCUCGUCUUCGUCCGUCCGCGUUCGCGGUGAUCGCGUGCGUACGCCUACGCACCCGACCGAGGGCGAUUACAUGAGCGUUAAGGCCGAGGAAUGCCUCUUUGGCCUUCUCUUCGCCUUCAUGGCGUUUAAACUGUGGAUGAGCGUACGGGGCUUGCUCAGAUACUGGAGAUUCGUGCGCACACCGAACGCGCCGGACGUCCAGGCCGAGGACGGGCUGGCGUUCGAGCAGGGGGACGACGAGAGCGAAGACGAGAAAAAGUUGGAUUGA